GCCGCAGGAAAACAUUAUUAACCAACGAUCUUUACCCGUCAUCUCCUUGGAAAAGAAAGACAUUGAUUACUUUUAUCCGCUGCCUUACUUACCCCCGAUGGCUUGUUGCGCCUCUUCCUGGCCCAACUCCGCGAAUUAGCGGUGUGAACAUCAAGACUAUCUAGAUUCAAGCCUUUGUCUCCUGUGUUUCCUUUUUUCCUUUCCUUUUCUUUGGCUCGGUGCAGGCGUUCGACAAUCUAUAUAGAAUUAAUUCCCAUUCCUUUUUAUAGCCCUUGCAUGGCUCGCUGGGUUUGGCUUGAUAACGUUGCUUGUGUUUCCUCAGAGAAUGGCAUACCCAGGAAGCAUUCCUCUAUCCCCAGGUAGCCUUCGGGAGAAUGAUUCAAUGUUCUAUCCCCCAAGGAACAAUGCGGCCACAUUUCCUUUUCGCAGUCCCAGUUUGUUAAACAGAGAGCGCGAAAUUCCUUGUUACUCAGACCUACCAUGGCCACCAGAGAUACGAAACGCAAGGUACGGACCAAGAGAACAUUUUAUAUCAUCCGGUAUCGUACGAUGAGUGUAGCUAAACAUCGGAUUAUUAAUGGAGCUAGAAUUUCACCACCUUGGGAUAUUUCGCCCCGAGACCACGGAGAAAUGUCUUCCCCAGAAAGACAGCAGCCCGGGCCUGGUAGGCCGCUCGAUGUGUUCACAGGUCGAGGUAUGGUUACCACUCCACCUACGACGUACGAUCGAUACUCCACCAUCCACCCCCCUAUAGCCCUGGAACCAAUUGGCGAAUUACCGCGACAAAACUCUAGUAACGGUUCGAAAGAUCCGUUCAUGUCUUAUCACAAUUCCAGGCUAUCUGAUCCUGGAAUGCCCCUUUCUUUGGAGUCUGAUCAUUCUAUGGGGCGUAUGAAGAAGAUGAAUAACCAGGAACAUGUGGACUCCAUCCCGAGAUUCCACUUGAGGCGAAAGCCCGGGAACAGGGAUGAGUUUGACGGACCAACACAACUGCUCAGGAUGCCUAGCCCAGGCCCAGCAGCUACUGAAAUUCCGGAGAAGGACCUGCCACAUCUGCCCACCUCAUUGAAUGUACAGGAACAAGUGAAAAUUUUGUGUGAUAUCAACGACCGCUUAUCCCGGUGCGCUUUUGACUUUGUGGCCAAAUACCAGUUCCCAAUCCCACUGGAGCCUGAGAAAUCAGAAGUAAGAGCCCCAGAGGACCGUGAAUGGACUGAAUGGGUCCACUUACUUAGGAGGCUUGCAACUAAGCGCCGCAUCCCUGCGCGCGUUUUAUAUGAUGGCCAAAUAAAACAGUUCAUCACUGUGCUCGAGAACUCCCUGGAGAUGCGCCACACAGCAAAGAACCAGUCGCGCCCAUUGAGAGAUGAUCGAAACAUCUUGCAACUUAUAUCUGCCGGAACACAGGUCGCUAAAAUACUUAAAGACGCCCCUGCGAUGGAAUAUUUUGAUUUCUUGUAUUCCCGAACAGAAAGGCAAAUUCAUGAGCGACGGAAUCAUACUCCUAGUUUCUUUUAA